UUUAGGGGCGGGGGUCGCGAGGGGCUCUUUGUCUCCAUCGCGGAGCCGCCGCCGCCGUCACGUUGCAGCGGGGACUCCCCUCCGGCAUGGCCGGCCUGAGCAUCAGCAGCAGCAGCCCCCCAGGAAGGAGCCCCCCGCGCCCCCCACCCUGCAGGUAGGGGAGCCCCCCCGGCUUGCCCGGCGGAGCCCGACCAGAGCAUCCUCCGCGGACGCCCCCGUCGCCUCUGCGGAGCCCAUCUCUGGCCCCGCUCCAGAGCAAAGAAGCAGGUACCAAUAUAAAAAUAUUGGACUCACACAGACUUACUUGCCCCAAAGACAGUCACAACGUAAGAAGCCAACGCACCUUCUUUGGCGAACUCAAACUGGUGGGAACACUGGACUUUGGGAAGGAAUUGUGGCUACCAUGUCAACCAUCAGCCCCGAAUACGAUUAUUUAUUUAAGUUGCUGCUCAUCGGAGAUUCCGGAGUGGGGAAGUCCUGCCUCCUCCUACGAUUUGCGGAUGACACUUACACGGACAGUUACAUUAGCACCAUUGGAGUGGACUUCAAAAUCCGGACCAUCGAGCUAGAAGGAAGGACCAUCAAGUUGCAAAUUUGGGACACGGCUGGCCAGGAGCGCUUCCGAACCAUCACCUCCAGCUACUACCGAGGCGCACACGGCAUUAUCAUUGUCUACGAUGUGACGGACCAGGAUUCCUUCAACAACAUGCAUCUUUGGCUGGAGGAGAUUACUCGCUAUGCCAGCGAGAACGUCAACAAGCUGAUUGUGGGAAACAAGAGUGAUCUUUCCAGCAAGAAAGCGGUGGAUUACACAACUGCCAAGGAAUACGCCGACUCGCUGGCCGUGCCUUUCCUGGAGACGAGCGCCAAGAAUGCCACCAACGUCGAGCAGGCUUUCUUGACCAUGGCGGCCGAGAUCAAGAACCGGGUCAGCAGCGGCCCAACGCAAAACGACAGCCACAAAUCGGCCGUCCACAUCCAGAGCGGCCCCUUACGACAAGACGGCGCAGGGGCCGGCGAAGAUGGGGGCAGAGGAUGCUGCUAAGAGGCCGCCAUCCAUGGAGGGCAGAGUUCGGGGAGUGCCCGGGAAGGGGGGCCAUGCCAGCCCUGGGAAGCACCCCCCGCCUCGCCAGCUUACCUUUGCAGACUCGAAAUCUCAAAAUGGAGCAUCUGACCUUAACGUCAUCUUGGCUUGGUCUGUGCUGGCUUCAUUCCACUUCUCUGGACUUUGGACAUUUGUCCCUAAUCCACCUCUUCCUACGCCAGGCUCUUUCUCCAUCGGGAUUCCCUGGACCAGAUGCCUGACCACUGCACUGUCCAGCCGUGGUCAUCUCGCCGUCCAGAAAACGGCCAAGUUGGAGCACAUAUUCAGAAGAAACUCACUGACCCCCCUCCUCACAACAUAGAGUUUCCUGCUUGAUCAGGGGGUUGGACUAGAAGACCUCCAAGGUCCCUCCCAACUCUAUUAUUCCAUUAUACAUGCCGCAUGCCCUCCGUUACAUUUCACGUGGGGGUCGCAGCCCCUUCCUCUCAUUUCUUUAACACCCCCUUUUAUUUCAUGGUUGAAGACCCUUAGGGGAACCCCCAGAAGAUAGUCACCCCUCUCUUCUCCAUCCCAAUUCCGAGGGGUCGGUUUUCUCCUCACUUGGGGGACGAAAAUCGUAUGGCAAAUAUUUCUCUAUGGUUCUAACGGCUGUGAAAAUGGUCCGUCGUAACUCGGGAAUAUUUUUAAUUUGCUUUUUUUUUCCCCUUUCCCUCAUUUGCUUGCAUCCCUAGAAUUUAAGAUUCCCUAAGGGAAAAAAGCUAAGCUUUUGAAUUAAAAGAAAAAAAUGGUAGGAUUGCAUGGUUCUACUUAACAUACACCAAUAUUUUUUUCAAGCUAGGUCAUUUUCUGAUGUGUGGACUUCAACUCCCAGAAUUCCCCAGCCAGCCAAUUGAAGUCCACACACCUGAAAAUGGCCUAGCUUGAUUUUUCUAGUGUAAAUUUGCUCAAAAAUUAAAGCACCCCCAAAUUUGUGGGAAGAAUAUUGAUUCAGAAAACCUCAGGAUUCUCACAAACCUUUUCUUGGGAAUAAAAGUCCUAAACUCAGCAAGAUAAAUACCACCCAGGAAAAAUCAGAUAUUUAAACCUUGUUCAGCAGAUCUGUGAACCUGCAGAUUCACACUGCUUUUGAGUACUAGCAUAGCCAUUUUUUUAACCUACAAACCCCUUUUCCUGGGUAUUUUUAUCCGUGCACCACAAGGGUGCAAAGAAACUCAUAUUUAGGUUUUUAUUUCCAGCUCGUAUGCCCUGUUUUUCCUGCCUCCAAGAGGUCACAGGACUGAAUGAGUCAGAGAGUUUAACUUCGUAGUUUGUUUAAUCUCCAUGUUUUAAAAAAACAAACAAACCAUCUUUUUAAAAUUCAGGCAACUGGGCUGAAUAGUACCUUAACCAAACGACACGCUAAGCCCUAAACAACAAACCAAGGUUACAGACUAAAAAGCCAACUUUCAGAGAAUGUGCAAUUGCAUGGUUUGUAACUACUCAGGUUAAGAGGGUUGUGCGAAUCCAUCAGCCAGCAGCGCGGCCUAAGGUUGUUGCUUGGAGGAUGAGGGUGGCGUGAACAGGAAGGGGAAGAGCCACACACGUGUUUUAUGCUUGUCAUGCGGAGGAGAGGGAAGUUUUGUGAGAGCUGCAAAUUUGUACAUGCAACAUGCUUCUCUUUCAUUCAGUUCCUUAGAUUUAGGAUCCAUAACCCUCUUAUCUGCCCACAGAGCAGAAUUGUUGGACUGAUUUAUUGUUACUGUGCAAGCUUAGUUUUUCAUCCCAAGUAUUGUCGUGCUGCAUUUCAUGAAGACAUUAAGUCAGGUUUCAACCUUGGGCCCUUUAAGAGGUGUGGACUUCAAUUCCCAGAAUUCCCCAACCGACCAUGCUGACUGGGGAAUUCCCAUCUUCAAGUUCACUAGCAUGCCGGCUAGGGGAUUCUGGGAGUUGAAAUCCACAUCUCUUAAAGUUGCCAAGGUUGAAAAACAAGUGGUUUCAAACUUGAUUUUAAGAUUUUCUCAAGCAACUGCAGGGCAUCUCUAGGUCUGCUGUCUUCAAAGCAUCCUUUUUUAAGAAUAGGUGAUUCUGGGACUUCAACUCCCAGAAUUCCCCAGUUGGCAUGGCCGGCUAGGGAAUUCUGGGAAUUGAAGUCCACAACUUUUAAAAUGAGCAAUACAGACCUUGCCAGAUAAGAUCUCCUGAGGGCUUAAGAAAUCUGUACCCUCCGUUGAGAACGACAGUGGAUCCCAGAGAGAUUUUGGCAAGUAAGGAAGUCCCACUGGAACCAUGUAGGUUGUCCACUUUACUUUCCAUGGUACGAGAGCCAUUUUGCAUCCGAUAAUGCAGCUGGUGCACAGGCCAAUUGGGAGCACAGUUUGGGUGGGAGGUGGAGGAGGUUGGGCUGAGCUGGUGGACCCCAUUUGCAUGACUUCUGAUCUAAUUGCCCCCUUUUUAGAUCCACUAUGAUUUUUAGACCCACCGAAUUUCAUGUCCUCCUGCCCUUUUUAAAACCCUUGUAGUAACCAAUGCUGUCGCCCUUGGCCCCUUAACCAUGUUGUACAUGUUCAAUAAACCCAUUUCUCCCCCA